CGUCGCCUCUUGCUCCCGCUUCCGGGGCCCGCUCUGAAGUGGGGAGCGGAACGCGCCGGGAGAGGCGCUGGGCUACCGCGGGGAGGGCAGGAUCCCUCUGCACGGAGGCAGCCAUGGCGGAGCACGGGGCUCAUCUCACCGCUGCUUCAGCCAGCGAUGACAGGCCUUCCAUCUUUGAAGUGGUGGCCCAGGACAGCUUGAUGUCAGCAGUGAGACCUGCACUUCAGCAUGUGGUCAAGGUGCUUGCUGAAUCCAACCCUGGCCGCUAUGGCUUCCUCUGGCAUUGGUUUGAUGAGAUCUACACCCUCCUGGAUCUGUUGCUCCAGCAGCAUUUUCUGUCCAGGUGUAGUGCCUCUUUUUCAGAAAACUUCUAUGGCCUAAAGAGGAUAGCGGUGGGAGACAACAAGGGGCUGCAUCAGCUGGCCAGUGCUGGGCUGCCAAAGAAGCAACACUGGAAGUCUCUGCUCUUGUUGGUUCUCAUUCCUUAUCUGAAAACAAAGUUGGAGAAACUGGUUUCUAGCCUGAGGGAAGAGGACGAAUAUUCCAUCCAUCCUCCAUCAUCCUCCUGGAAGCGCUUUUACAGGGCCUUUUUAGCAGCCUAUCCCUUUGUAAACAUGGCCUGGGAGGGCUGGUUUCUCAGCCAGCAGCUGUGCUAUAUCCUUGGUAAGGCUCAGAAUCAUUCCCCACUGCUGGGCCUGGCUGGUGUACGCCUGGUUAGGCUGACAGCAGAGGACAUCCAGGCGUUGGAGCAGAAACUAGCAGUAGGUACUGCAAGCCAGCAGCCAGCUCACAGCAUUAAGGAGCAAGUGCAAUCAGCAGUGAAAAAAGCAUUGGGAGGAGUUGCCUUAUCCCUCUCCACCAGCCUUUCCGUGGGCGUGUUCUUCCUGCAGUUUCUGGACUGGUGGUACUCAUCUGAGAACCAGGAGACCAUCAAAUCAUUGACUGCGUUGCCUACUCCUCCGCCACCCAUACACCUGGACUACAGCACGGGCUCACCUCUCUUACCAAAACUGAAGACAGUGUGCCCCUUGUGCCGCAAAAUCCGAGCCAACGACACAGUCCUCUCUACAUCUGGCUUUGUGUUUUGUUAUCGCUGUGUCUACACUUAUGUAAAGAGUCACCAAAGGUGCCCCAUCACCGGCUAUGCUACAGAGCUGCAGCACCUUGUUAAGCUGUACUCCCCUGAAAGUUGAAGGGAGUGCAUGGCACUGACUCUUACAAAGCAGAUCCAUAAUUGGUUCAGGCACUGUAUACUCUAGGUUUUUGUACUGGAACACAACUUUUGUGCCAGCUGGACUGUGUAUAACACAUUACUAGGGCAGCAAAAGGUACAAUGACCAUUUAUUAGCAGAGUAAUCAGGCUCUAAGGCACAUUUGAACACUAGGUUCAGAAGUAGCACUAGGGUUUUUGCUGCCUUAAAUGCUGCUCUAUCCAAUUCUGAGAUGCUAGGGCUAGGCUGAGACUCUCAACCAGAAGGCUCUGGUGCUGAACACUUUCAAAGGCAGAUACAGCCCUAAAUAAACCACUACUCAGUUCCAGCCUGGCAUCUUCUAGGUUCCUAAGAUUCAUCAUGUUCUCCCCAGCUCUGCUUCCAGAUUAUUCAAUCUUGGCAUUCACAAGGGAGCAUUACAGAACGGGGCUAGACCCACAAUUCAUGACAAUUUGCCAUAAAUUUAACCCCCCACCUUCCCCAAAUCUCCCCUUGGACAACUCAGGGGUGACGUUAGCAAGCCAGGCAGCACUAGCCCAAGCCUGGGAAAGGAUGCCCUCUGUCUGAAUUGGGUUUAUUGAGCAUAUGUGACUGAAGCCAGAUAGAACUGGAACCGUGCCGAUUCAGACUUGCUUUAUUUAAUAUAUCCUCAAAUCUGUUAGUGAUUACUGACAUUGCAAAGCUGCUUCUCUCUUCCUUCCUAUCUAUCAUGAUACUGGGAAUUAGGACCCAACUAGACUUAUUCCACUUCUGUUAUCUAAUGGUUUAAACCACUCAAACUGCUGAUCUGAAAGUUUGUAUUUGCAUGAACUGAAUCAGACUGUAGCUGCUUUCAUCAUAAUAUAUGGACAGUUGGUGGAGACCCAAAGGUCAUAGUAAAAUCACACAUGGUGGAAGUUGUAAUCAGGGAGCAGUGUCCUCAUACUCAAGAGGAGCCAAGACUUAGGCUGCAGUUUGCCAGUUUUAAUUAGGACUGGUGUAGUAUAGCUUCAUUUAGCACCUUAUGUCCAUUUGGUCAUACUGAAAUGUCUCCUUCGAUAAUCAGCCUGCUUAGAGAUCAAAAUUGGCUAGUGGUGAUUUUAAGGUGAUUCCUGCUUCCACAGCACUUUGGUUGAUCUAGUUAAGCACAGGUCAUUUUAGCCAGUUGGAAGGAGUAGCUUUUCAUGAAGUGUGAACCUUGUUUUCUAUUGAAACAACAGAGGGCAGCAGUAGACUAUCCUAGCUGGUAUGGUAUUACAAUACAUUACAGAAACAGCAAUUUAGCCUUCUAACAACGUGCUGCAAAGAACUUGUACAAUCUUUUCACAUUAAGAGCCAAGUUUUUUUUUUAAUCCUUUGAGGCCCAAGAAGGGUCCCUAACUCCUGUACACUGUUAAAAUGAAAAGCCAUCACUUUAGAUACCAGACCAGUGCUAAUGGCUACCUCUACCUUUGGAGGCAUAUUAAUAGGAAGGCAGGCUCAUUUUGCUGCCUCCACAAAUACUAUGGGAUCUACAAAUAGAGACACUUCACCAGCUUAAGUGAGCUCAUGCAAACACACCUUAUUUGGGGAAAAAAAAAAAGACAUUCAGUGAAAGAUUAUUCAAGAUUAAGUAGAUUUUACAAGCCUUUUUAAUAUAGCUCAGAUUUGGAAUUAAUUCAUAUCAUCCAUUACAUCUUGCUUCAGCAAAUAUUUCCCAACAGUUGUUACAUUUUUUCUGAAAAAUUGAUAACCAUGGUGCUCCAGGAGAAUAAUACAACCUUACAACAUGGCCAGUCCCAGAAGGCUUGAUUACACAAAUCUACAAACAUAGUGCCACUGACUCCAGUACAACUGCUCAUGUAAAUAAAGGCUACCAGACUGGGGCUAGAGUGUUUAUUGAAAAGGUGGUUUUAGGAUUAAUUUUUUUCCAGGAUCUUUUGGUGUCCAGUAGCGCUGCUCACUCUCAGCUAGCAGAAGUGAAGAAAACAGUUUGUCUCCUUAUUGCAGCCCAUGACUGAUCACUGACAUUUCUGUUGAAUUAUGCUUAGUCCUAUGGACUUUGAACCUUUUAAGUUAAUUUUAAGUCAGUGAUUCAUUAGUGUCAUGAUCUAAGAUUUAUAUAAUUUCAAAGUCAGUACAGUAACUCCUCACUUAGUCAUCCCAGUGAAUGUUGUUUUGUUGCUGAUCAAUUAGACAUGCUCAUUUAAAGUUGUGCAAUGCUCCCUUAUAAUGUUAUUCAGCCGCCGCCUGCUUUGUCCACUGCUUGCAGAAAGAGCAGCCUGUUGGAGCUAGCUGGUGGGGCUUGGAAACAGGGUGGACCAGCAGCCCCCCCCACGUAAGUUCCCCACAGAGCAGGGGGCCAUGACAGGGCUCAGGACGAAGGGAGCUUGCCUUUUUAAGUAGAUCAGCAAGUUGAGACAGCAGCUGCUGCCAACAAUGUACUUAAGAGUGGGGUCAGUGUACCUAAAGGGGCAAUGCACAGCUCUCUCUCUUACACAUGGUGUGUGUGUGUGUGUGUCUCUCUCUGCCAUGCGGUCGUCAUUGCUGUGUACAGUAUUAAAACUUAUACUGUGUGUGUAAUAUAAAAAUUACACACACACAGUAUAUGAAUAUGAUGUCUUGUCUGGUGAAAAAAAUUUCCCUGGAAUCUAAUCCCCCACAAUUUACAUUAAUUCUUAUGGGGAAAUUGGAUUUGCUUACCAUCAUUUCACUCAAAGUAGUAUUUUUCAGGAACAUAACUACAAUAUUAAGUGAGGAGUUACUGUAAAUGACACUGGACCUUCAGUCUGUAUUUGCAUUCAAUAAUUGUUUUAAGUAGAAAAAUAAUAAAUCUUUUUCUACCCUGG